GAUAAAACCACUGAUCUGACAUUGAUUUUAUUCAGUUUCAGUCCACAUCCGAAGCUCGAAGAUGUUUUCGUUCAAAAUUGUCUUAUUUUUUAUAAUUUAUGUUUAUAUCGGUGAAGUGACUUCGAGAAGUGUGUAUAACAACGAAAAUAGGGAAAAUGUUGAUAUAAAGGAUGUGCACACCAUAAGAAGAAGAGCUGCAUUCGUCAAACAAAUAAUUGGUCAUAUCGCAGGACAUUUUGGACUCCACCAUCCUAGACAUCCAGAUUGCGAAGACAAGCACUUUCAUCAUUUUCAUGGAUCGACCCUGGAUCAUCUACAUAAUUCACAUUUCGGACAUAAAUUUUUAAAUCACGGAGACGAAAACCCAUCUUACGGGUAUAACCAGAACUUUCCUGAAGAAAAGAAACAUGGAUUCGACUUGCAACCAUCUACGCCACAUGUAGGUCCUGAUAUUCAUCAUACCAAUUUCCAUAACACCGGCAAUCCAGACUUUCAUGGAUUCAACAAAGAUAGACCCGAUCAUAAACAAGAAACCCCUGAAGAAAAAAAAGUUGAAAAGGGUAAGCCUGCAAUAUAUCCACCUUUUCAUGAGCAUGAUGGUGAUGACAACGACCCUGUCAGUGAUUUCGAUUGGAAUAAUGAUGAAAAACCUGUAGUUGGUGAAAAAGGAACAGUUGAUCGGAAAAACAAUUUGCCGGGAAAACAAGAAAAUGUCGGGAAUGGAGAAGACGAUCAUCACGUUUGGAUGGAUCCAGAAGAGGAGGACCAAAAUAACGAAGGUGGUGUGAUACCUUCAACAUCACAAAUAGAUAUAAGGUUUCGAAAACAUUGACUUGUUUAAUAGAAGCAGAACUUGAUAUUAGGCUAAACUAAACCUCUAUUCGAAGAAACCGAUGUUAUUAUAAAAUAUUACAACAGGGAAACAAAGUGAAAAAUCCAUCAGGUCUUUGAUUUAAUGACAACAAAAGGCUGUUUUGAAGGGUAACUGGGUAGAAUGCCAUAUUCCUCUGCAGAAGUUGGUUGUCUUAUCAUAGGAUGUGAUGUUUUCUCUUUCUGUAUAAGUGAUUCUUAUAAUAUUUGUAAAUAAAUUAUUUAUUAAUAAUUUAAUAAUGUAAUUUAAAAUUGAAAAGAAUAUGACCUGACUCGAAAAUAAAAACUUGAAACUAUUGAA